GGAGUCCGGGAGUCCGGGUCUUAGGUCCCGCGACUCCCACAACAGUUUACAUGUGUGUGCACAUAUUGGGCAUGCAUGCGUAUGUAUGACUGCUGUCGCGUGCAUGUCCGCGAACCGGGAUCUCUGGUUGAAACGAGAGUGCAAUAUUCGUUAGCCUCUGCGAAAGCGAGCGUCCUUCGUACGGAUCCCCUAGUAGGCGCAUACUUAGAUCGAGCAAAUAGAUCAUCAGUACCGCCGUGGCGCUUGUGUCCGCUGACCCAAACCCUAAUCUCUUCCGUCAUGUUUUCGAGCUGAGUCCUGCGUUUAAUGUACCCAUCCCGCUUAGCAGCUGUUUGACCAAACCUCAGCUUUCAUAACCGUAAUCAAGUCAUGUGGACUAAUGUUUUCAAAAUCGGAGGUCUUCAUCAAAUGUCAUGGUUCCAGUUUCUCCCACAUGAACCUGAUCUGAACCCUUUACCUGACAAAAGUUUAAAAGUGGAACAAAAGGAUGCUGCAAUGUUACUGGUGCUUUCAUCACAUAUGCAAUUGCAGAAGGAUGGGUUUCUCAGCGCAUGGACCAAUUCCUUUGUUGGACCCUGGGAUCCAUCUCAGGGAUUGCAUAAUCCCGAUGAAAAAAUCAAGCUGUGGCUUUUUCUUCGUGGGCGCCACUCCUCAGUUGUUGAGACUGCUCAGCCUGCAGUAUCUAGAUUAAGGGUUGCUGCAUCUGGAUUUUGGCUGGCUCCUGGGGAUUCGGAAGAAGUUGCAGCAGCUCUUUCUCAGGCUCUAAGGAAUUGUAUAGAGAGAGCACUGCUUGGGCUUUCCUACAUGAGAUUCGGUGAUGUGUUUUCGAAGUAUCAUCAAUGUCAAAGUGAACAACUGUUCAGGAGAGGACAACCUACGCUUGAGUUCGUUUUUGCUGCGACUGAGGAGGCAAUCUUUGUACAUGUCAUAGUGUCUUCGAAGCAUAUCCGAACACUUUCCACACGAGACCUGGAAAAAGUAUUAAAACAUUCUGUGGAUUCUAAAUAUAGACUUCCAGUGAUUGUUUCUCCUCAUGGCAUACGUGGCAGUCUUACUGGUUGUUCACCUAGUGAUCUUGUCAAGCAAGGCUACCUGAGUUCUAAUAAGAACAGGGCGUCAAAUGGAAUCAUAGGUUUCCCGUAUCACGUUUCCCACAGCAUUGGUUGCCAGCUCAGGGGACAAAAUUGUUUUGUUGAAGUAAGUCUGGGCUUCCCUAGGUCUGGAAGUGACAGGGCGUUGCAGACAAACAUUAAUAACUUACGGAAUUUAUCCAAGCAUCAUGCUGCUGAAUCUCCUGCUUUGGGAAGAACUGAUCGCAAGGGAUCAUCGGAUCAGUUGUCAGAUUAUGAGAAAACAUUUCUCUACCCGGCUGAGGCAGUGCUUGUACCAGUUUUACAAACAUCAUCUGCAAGGUCUUCUUUAAGAAGAUUUUGGCUGCAGAAUUGGAUGGGACCAUCCCUCAAUGGUUCUUCUUUCUUCAUACAUUGUGCUGGUAAUGAAUCAGCUGAAGAUCUUUGGACUGAAAGCAACGGAACCUGCAUGCAGCAUGGUUAUGACAGUAGUAGCAAUAGCAAUAGUAGCAGUAUCAGUAGCUUAAGUGCCAGUUCUAGUGAUAGUGAUUUGAAGACUGCAGGACCAAGUGAGCUAGAGGCUGAUGCAGAUUCUUUAACGUGUAGACAGUCUGUGGUAUCUUCUGGUGAUCAGUUGGAAAGUGAUGGCCCCAAAUUGGGUGCUAAACGAACUCGAACAGGGGCCGAAUCAAAUAAUCAAGUGGGUACUACUACAAAUGUUCCUGGGCAAGAUGCUUACAUGUCUGAUUUUGGUUCCAUGGAAAUGAACAAUUCAGCCAUUACACGAGUUGGGAAUGAGCAAAUGGGAUCUUAUUGGGAUUGGGAUGAUGAUGAUAGAGGCAUGGAAAUGGAUAUUCAAGCUCUUUUAUCUGAGUUUGGUGAUUUUGGUGACUUCUUUGAAAAUGAUUUUUUGCCUUUUGGAGAGCCCCCAGGAACUGCGGAAUCUCAGGCAGUCAUGUUUUCUGCUCCAGAUUGUGGAGAUGUCAAUAGUAGUCCUGUUGGAGUUAUGGAUGCUUCAGAUCCAAUGCUUUUGCCAGUUGGAUUUCCUUCCUUUGAGAGCUUCAAUCCUCCUUCGUCAGUAGCUGUUGAGGAAUGUCUCAGCAAAACUCAAGACAACUUGAAUACUGCUGCACCACUUGGUCAAGCAAAUCAUACUCCUGUGUCUUCUUCGGGGGAGUUUGAUCACAUAAUAAAAGCUGAAGCAAUGAUGACAUUUGCUCCUGAAUUUGGAGCUGUUGAGACCCCUACUAGUGAGAUUUCAACAUUAUUUAGAAGUCCAUAUCUCCCUGAAUCUCGAAAAGCUGAGAGUUUAAAUUCAAGUUCAAACAAUUACUCAUAUGGUGCAGCACCACCACCCUCUUCUCCCUGCAUUGAAGGAUCAGAUGGGAAGAAUGGCAUGAUAAUUAAUACAAAAGCAUGUUCUGGUAAACAAGGUACUUGUAUGGGGCUCCAGUCAAAAAAUUACUACACUUACAUGGAGGGCAAGAAAGAGGGAGAUGAUAAAAGUUCAAUUACAUGUAAUGAUAAAAGCAUUGGAAAAUCUGAGGGGAUGGUGCCUCCUUCACUCUCUGCCAUCGGUUCUAAUGCUGUGGUCAAAUCUGUCCAAAGGAAGAUGACUGAUCCUACACUUGAAGCAGAGCAGUUCCUUCUAUCUGCUAAGACUUUGUUAGCUACUGAUGUUGCUUGUUUAUUGUUUCAAGCAUCCAUGUGCAGGCUACGGCAUGUUCUGCUAUCCUACAAUAUCCUCAUUCCUGCUGGUUUGGGUCGGUCAGUUGGGGAUGCAUUGUUGAAUCAGCUACCUGGUGACCCUAGUGCCACCCCAGACAACAUAUCCAGCAAGUAUGAGGUGAAGAAGAAAGAGAAUAUCCCAAUCAGAAUAGCAGGAGAUAUUGAUGGAGGAAUGCUUGAUGGGCAUCUCAAUGUGCCUGUUGGUGUCUGGCGUACUCCCACUGUGGGAGUUUCAAAAGUGGUAAAAUCUUCAAAUUCACCAAACAUGGAUGUUGCUUCAUCAUUUUCUCAUAAUUCAUUCAACGAGGAAGGCAUCCUUUCUUACGGUCAAAGGCAACCACUUCAAGAGCUUCUUGACGGCAUUGCACUCCUCGUCCAACAGGCAUUAUCGUUGGUUGAUUUAGCUUUGGAUGCUGAUUGUGUUGAUGGUCCUUAUGGUUGGCUUGCUUUACAAGAACAGUGGAGACGUGGAUUUUGUUGUGGGCCUUCCAUGGUCCAUGCUGGUUGUGGUGGAACUCUGGCCUCUUCUCAUUCACUGGAUAUUGCGGGUGUGGAUUUGGUGGAUCCACUUUCUGCUGACGUCCAUGCAUCAACUGUGAUAAGUUUGCUGCAAUCUGACAUCAAGACAGCCUUAAAAUCUGCAUUUCCCAAUUUGGAAGGGCCAUUAUCUGUGACUGAUUGGUGCAAAGGACGCAAUCAAUCGAUUGAUGCUGGAAACAUAAUUGAUGGAGUUUCUGCUGAGUCCAGCACUGGCGAAUGCAGAGAUUCUUCAGAAUCAAUGAGUCCAUCCCAGUCAUCUGUUGGUGGAUCAUCCAGCCUUAAGGUGUCCAGCAUUACGGAUGGUGCCAAGGCGGAUGAGACUUCCCAAAGGAGAUCUGGCCUAGAUAUUCCACAUUCAGAGUCAGAGCAGCAGCCUAGUUCCCGGCUGAAGCCUACCCUUAUUGCUCUUCCAUUUCCUUCAAUACUUGUAGGUUAUCAGGAUGAUUGGCUCAAAACGUCAGCAAACUGUUUACAGCACUGGGAAAAGGCUCCUCUGGAACCUUACGCUCUACAGAAGCCCAUUACAUAUUAUGUUGUAUGUCCAGAUAUUGAUCCCCUUAUCUCUGCUGCUUCAGAUUUUUUCCAACAACUAGGAACAGUCUAUGAGAUAUGCAAGCUGGGAACUCAUUCACCUCAAGGUUUAGGGAAUCAAAUGGAGACAGAGUCUGGGAAAUUGUCAUCUUCUGGCUUUGUUUUACUUGAUUCUCCACAAUCAAUGAAGAUUGAGAGCAGCAAUGCAUCUCUUGUUGGUUCGAUAAGUGACUACUUUCUCUCACUCUCUAAUGGUUGGGAUCUGACUAGUUAUCUUAAGUAUCUUUCAAAGGCUCUUAGAGCUUUGAAGCUUGGUCCAUGCUUCUCCACAAAUCCAAAUGAGGGAAAUAGCAGUUCAUGUAUGGUAAUCUAUGUGGUAUGCCCCUUCCCUGAUCCAACAGCAAUUCUUCAAACUGUGAUUGAAUCUUCUGUUGCCAUUGGAUCAGUUGUCCAACAAUCAGAUAGAGAUAGAAGAUCUGCUUUGCAUAGUCAGGUUGUGAAGGCAUUAAGUGGCUCAGCAACUGUUGAUGAAGCUUCAGCAUCUAAUAUCAUUGCGCUUUCUGGGUUUUCCAUUCCAAAAUUGGUGCUGCAGAUUGUGACAGUUGAUUCAAUAUUUAGGGUCACAAAUCCAUCCCUGGGCGAGCUUGUCAUUCUAAAGGAGACUGCCUUUACAGUAUAUAACAAAGCUCGAAGAAUCUCACGGGGAUUCUCUAAUGAUUUUGCCCCAUCAGCAUUUUCAGGCAGAUCUCAUUCAGUUUUGACACAAAUGGCUUCUCCCAUUUCUGGGAUGUGGAAGGAUUGUGUUGGUCCACGAAUAACAGGACACUCACUUCCGAGAGAGGGUGACAUUGAUGCUAGCUUGAGGUCUAGUUCUUGGGAUAACUCUUGGCAACCAACAAGGACUGGGGGACUAAGUUGUGACCCUGGUAGAUCUGGGGAUUACUAUCUUAAUGAUGAAAGUUGUUACAUGUUUGAACCCCUUUUCAUUCUCUCGGAACCUGGUUCUGUGGAACAUGGUGUUUCAGUUAUUGGUAGCCCCAUUUCUGAAUCUUCAAAGGUAUUGGCAGAUGACAGUAGUGGAAACUGUAUGCAGAAUACAAGUACAGCAGGAAAUUUGGAUUCUGCUUCGAACCUUGAUGGGUCUGAGCCUGAUCAGAGGACUCCUCCAAGUCUACAUUGCUGCUAUGGAUGGACAGAGGAUUGGCGUUGGCUUGUAUGCAUCUGGACUGAUUCUAGAGGAGAAUUAUUAGACAGUAAUAUUUUCCCUUUUGGUGGAAUCAGCAGUAGGCAGGAUACAAAGGGUCUACAGUGCCUAUUUGUGCAAGUUCUACAACAAGGCUGUCAUAUACUUCAAUCUUGCUCCUCUCCUGAUACUGGUGUUGUCAAGCCUCGAGAUUUUGUGAUAUCACGCAUUGGAGGCUUCUAUGAGCUUGAGUACCAUGAGUGGCAGAAAGCUAUUUAUUCCGUGGGGGGAUCUGAGAUGAAAAGAUGGCCCCUACAGCUGCGUCGAACUCUGUCUGAUGGGAUGCCUGCCACUAGUAAUGGUACUUCCUUGCAACAACAAGAGAUGAGUUUGAUCCAAGAAAGGACUCUUCCUUCCUCACCCAGUCCUCUGUAUAGCCCUCAUGCCAAGGCAACUGGUUUUAUGAAAGGCAGUUUAGGGCAACCUGCUUCUAGAAAGCAGCUUAUGGGUGGGCAUUCUAUGGCUGACAACUCAAGGGGUUUGUUGAAUUGGGCACAGAGCAUUAGUUUUGUUUCAGUUUCAUUAGACCAUUCAUUACAGCUUGUUCUUCCAGCUGAUUCAUCUUCUCCCGGAGGAACUCAAAGUGGUAGUGGGAUCUCUAUUUCAGGUUACAUCGAAGGUUUUACGCCAGUGAAGUCUCUUGGUUCUACAUCUUCGGCAUACAUUCUGAUUCCUUCUCCCAGCAUGAGGUUCCUUCCUCCAACAGCUCUCCAGCUGCCCACUUGCCUCACCGCAGAAUCUCCACCACUGGCUCAUCUGCUUCACAGCAAAGGUUCUGCCCUUCCUCUUUCUACUGGAUUCGUGGUUUCAAAAGCUGUCCCUACCAUGAGGAAGGACUAUAGGAGCAACCUGAAAGACGAAUGGCCUUCAGUACUUUCGGUGGGCCUGAUUGAUUACUAUGGAGGCACUAACAUUAACCAGGAAAAGAUUAUCCGAGGAGUAAACAAACAAGGUGGUAGAAGUGUAAGCUGGGAAGCUAAGGAUUUUGAGAUCGAGACGCACUUGGUUCUCGAGUCUCUUGCUGCAGAGCUGCAUGCCCUGUCAUGGAUGACUGUGAGUCCAGCAUACUUGGAGCGACGUACAAGUCUUCCUUUUCAUUGUGACAUGGUUCUAAGACUAAGGAGGCUUCUUCAUUUUGCUGAUAAGGAGCUCUCCAAGCAGUCAGAGAAGUCUUGACUCCUUGAGGUUAAAUACAAUGGUGCCGACAAACCUUUAUAAACAACUAGAGCUCUGAAUGUAGACUGUAUCAUACUAAUUACUAGGUCUGCAGAGUCUGUAAAUUAUAUGUAAAGCCCGCUGGUGCAUUUUAGGAAGAAAUAGAUUCAGCAAUUGUAGAUAUGAAUGGAAAUUGUGGAGAAUUUAUUGAUAGAAAAGUUGAUUUUAACCCAGGUUUAUGCAAUUGAUAGAAGCGGUUGGUGCUAGCCUGUUGGCAGGAAUUUGAAAACUGUUGAGAUUUUUGGAAACAAAAUCGCUUGCUAUUGAUAAGAUAUUGAUCUGAUGGCCCAUCAUUAUUUCAUGUGGCUGAUGAUGAAUUGAUGA